AUGUUAGCAGCCAGACUGCGAUGGGCCGCUCCCCCCCGAUUCGCUAGUCUCUUCUUUCGCCACUAUGCUGCCCAGGCAGCAGCUGCAGCUCCAGCACGGGAGGCUCCCCCUCAAAUACACUUCAACACGUUGAAGGGCAAGGUCUCCCAACAAACGCUGGACGCCAUCCUCGUAGUGCCAUUCAAUCUCACAACAAUGUCGCCGGUCCAGUCAGAGGUCCUUCCCCUCCUCCCACAAAUUGCGGAGCCCUAUCAAGAGCGGCAAGACGGAGAACCAGCACCACUGCGUGACCUUAUGGUUCGCGCCAAAACUGGCACUGGAAAAACACUCGGUUUUCUUGUCCCCGCCAUUGAAGCUCGGGUCAAGGCCCUAGAAGUACUUGGCGGUGUUCGCUAUGCUCGGUCGAAUGUUGGGGCUCUGAUUAUUAGUCCGACGCGCGAGCUUGCGACUCAAAUUGCGGCAGAGGCCCUCAAAUUGACACACCACCACAAGGGUUUCGAGGUCCAACUGUUCACCGGCGGCAACAGCAAACGGAUGCAAAUGCGCAAUUGGAUGCGAGGAAGGAAGGACAUCGUUGUCGCGACACCUGGGCGGCUUCGUGAUCUUUUGGAAACAGAGCCGGAGGUGAAAAAUGCGUUUGCGAAUACAGCAACUUUUAUUCUGGAUGAAGCCGACACGCUUCUGGACAUGGGCUUCCGUGAGGAUAUCGAGGGCAUCAAGGCAUUCCUACCCCCAACGCCGCAACGACAAACUUUCCUUUUCUCUGCAACCAUCUCCAAGGAAAUUCAACAAGUGGCCCGUUCACUGAUGGACAAAAAAUACGAAUACAUCGACUGUAUCUCCGACGAAACCGCUCCAGUUCAUGCCCAUGUUGAGCAGUUCCACACUGUCGUUCCCAGCGCUGCAGACCAACUCCCGCAUAUCAUGCGUCUCAUCAUGCACGACCAACUCGUCCAUCCGACCAGCUCAAAGGUCAUCGUAUUCUUGCCUACCACCAAAAUGACUCAACUCUUCUCGACCUUGGUCACUACUCUGGCAGCCAACAAUCUCCCUAAUCAGCGUGCAACCAGGAUUUUUGAACUCCACUCCAAACGCGCCCAGGAAACGCGAACUUCAGUUUCCAACGCUUUCCGCUCGAACAACGGUCCCGCCGUGUUAAUUACCUCUGAUGUCUCAGCGCGAGGGGUCGAUUAUCCUGGUGUCACACGCGUCAUCCAAGUCGGUAUCCCUGCAGGAAGAGAGCACUAUAUCCAUCGUGUCGGGAGGACGGGUCGGGCUGGAAGCAAAGGUCGCGGUGAUCUCGUUCUUCUGCCUUGGGAAAUCGGUUUUGUCACGUGGCAGCUUACGGAUGUGCCCAUGAAGCCCCUUGCGCUCAACGAGAUGAAGGACACAGUUCGAGAACUCGCUGCUAAGCACGAUGCGAAUCCGAAAGAAUUCUUUGCUGAACAUGAAACCCGACCUGGACGCCCGCCCUUCCCACCGACAGUGGUGCCCAUGACUGAAGACUUGGACGAAAACGUGAAGCAACUUCUUCCGCGCCUCGAUGGCGGCGCUAUUCGAGAGACUUUCCUCUCUCUGUUGGGUUACUACAUGCCAAAAUCUCACGAGCUGCGAGUUGAAAAAACGGUGAUCGUGCAAGGCUGCGAAGACUGGACUGUGGAAGCAUGUGGACUCGAGACGCCACCGUUUAUUUCGGUCGAUUUCCUGCAAAAGCUUGGACUCAAUGAUGGAAGGACACGGCAUUUCGGCAAGCGGAGGCAAGAGUCUGCUUGGGACAAGAGUCAGAGAGCCGGGCCUGCAUGGAUGGGUCGGGGAAAUGUCAGGGCAAACAGGGAGAACCGAGACCGCCCUACGAUCAUGCACCACGAGUCGAAGGUGGUUGACACGUCGGAAGACAGCGAAGCAGCAGAGUACCGCGCAAAGCGAUAUCAGCACGACUCGAGAGGCAGCUACCGACCGAGAGCUUCACGCCAAGAUGAAAACACCCGCACCUAUGAUCGUACACGGGCAUAUGAUCGUGGAACGAGGCCUGCUGGCUCUGGAUUUGACUCUGGAGAGCGCAGGGACGGGUUCAACGGGCGUGAGGGCGGUAAUUAUGGAAGCCGUGGCAGUUAUCGAGGCCAUGGUGGCGGGUAUGGGCGGCAGUCAAACGAGGGUUAUCGUCCACGUCCACGUGACGGAGGCUACCAACGAGAUGGUGGUGGUCGUGGCCCGCGUCGUUCUUUUGGCAUUGAGUCUGAUCGAGAGUAG